AUGUCAAGGGGUCAUCAGCAACGACCGGAGGAAGACUACAACAUGGAGAGUUCAAUCACAGUGAGAGAUCGAGGUAUAGUCGAGACCCAGGCGAGGCAGCGCCACAGGAGGGAUCUGGACAUGCCAAUCAGCGACCUCUUCAGAUCGACUCAGCCGGCCGAAUCCUAUGGCCAACCCCGCUCACGCAGGCAAGGGGACUAUCGAGACUAUUCCCCGUACAAAACGCCAAUCAGAGAGAGGUCUUCUAUUCCGAGGCCCUCGGUCCCCAGGGUAACGGACGAGGACGAAGACACGGAUAUGGACGUAGAGGAACGCCGUAUCGAGCACCCCUUUGGAGAGAUUAUCGGGCAAGAAAUCGAACGGAGAGGAGCCCCAGUGGUUCAGCAGCUGAGUCGCGGACUUGGAGACCUCACGGUGAGCAUCCAAGACCUCCCUAUAAUCAGGGACAUCACUCGUCAGCACUCCGCGCAGCUCGCCCAGCAGCACGCAGAGCAGACCGAACUCAUCCGCGAGUUGCAGAUGAAGUUCGGCCAGGACCAAGAGGAACGGGAGCGCCGCGAAAGGAUCAUCCUCGCGCAAGUGUGGGCAGAGACAGCCACAACCACCGCGAAUCUCGGCCAAGUCUUGGAACAGAUCGUCACCACUACAGAGGCGCCAACGGGAGAAAGAACUCUCGCACCGUCCUCGCGCCACCGCAGACUCUGGAUCGACCAGAUGGAGAUCCUAAUCAGUCUCCAGAAGAAGGUCCAAUGGGAUAACGGCACUAAGAUCAUGUGGGCCUCCCUCGAGUUCACCGGUAGUGCGGCGAACUUUUGGCGGAAUUUUACGGAGAGGUUAGCCUUGGACAGCAGCAUCAGAACCUGGGAACGGUUCAAGCAAGAACUCCGUACCCAAUAUUGCAACCGCACAAGUCAGGAACAGGCCAAGCAAAAAAUGGAUAAACUCCGGCAGACUGGCCCAAUCGACGACUAUAUCAAUGAAAUGCAGAACCUAGAAUGGGACGCACGAGUUGGACCAGUUGUCAUGAGAUCCAUGAUCCUAACAGGAAUAAACUCCUCGCUGGAACAACGGCUAUCCAAUGCGAUUGAGGAACCUGGAGAUUUUGUGGACUGGUUAACCUGGGUACGAAAAGUCGGACGCAAGGACCACGAGGUGAAGGCUCGGAAAGAGAUCCUGCGAGGUAAAGAUACUGUCAAACCUCGCGACGAAAAAACGGAACGGCGAAAAUCGCGCAACAAUGCAAAUCCUCGGAAAACUUUCCCCGCAUCAGCCAAUAACUCUAAGGCCUCGGAUGACUUAGGUGUCACCAAGGAAGAGAAGGAAAAAUGGCAGAAGGAAGGAAAAUGUUUCCGUUGUGGUAGAGAUAACCACUUCGUGAAGGAUUGCGUGGCGACGAGCAAGGUCAGGUUAACAAACCUGAAGAGGAGAGAGCCUCCUUCCGGGAGAAAGGACCACGGAAGGGAAGGUGAUAAGAAACGGAAAUUGGGGCCACAAAAUGAGGCAUUUAGGGCAAGGAUUACGAAUUUGGAGAACUAA